AUGUACGGGAGAAAAGGGUAUCAGCUUGUUAAGGAUUUUGCGAGUGGGGAGAAGGGUCAGCUCAAGCCUUUCAAUAGCAAGCUCUUUGAUGAGACAAUCGAAGAAUGCGAGCAGAAUCAUAGUCUCAUGCAGUCUCUCAUGAUUAAAAUGCAACAAGAAGGUUUAGAUGUUUCAAACAAUAGAAACGCUGACUACUAUGGAACACUCGUUCAUCACCUUUCUUUAAUCCGCAACAAGCGAUGCCUCAUGGCUUAUGUCCACAAUAGAGCAGAAAUUGUACGUGAUCUGGCGUGGACAGUAGGACUUCUACUUCCCCAACUUCCACCUGAAAUCCAAGAGAAGCUCACCACACUCGAGAAGGACUACUUCAAGAACCAUUCCUCUGCUCUCAAAUCCUACAUGGGAAAAGCAGGAAUCGAUUUGAAUGUCGAUAUGGUGCCUCCAAAGGAUCCGUACAUCAAGGUCAGAGUUGUGGGAGAUAUUGAACAAGGAAUAAUGAUGGGUGACAAGGCAACAAAUUUCGCACGUCACUCUAUGCAUUUCCUCAAACGAACUGAUGCAGAACCCUACAUUGCUCGGGGGCAAAUGGAGGAGCUGACAGGUUGAGGUUGAUUAAUCUGACAGAAGCUUCGGUGGUCUCAGGUUAAUCAUACGGUGUUGAUAAAAAAAUACGAAGACGAAUCAUCAGUGAUAAAAACUCGGUACCUCUUAGAGGAUUAACCAUAAGGGUUUAAAAGCAGAAAAUACUGAAGAUUACUUUUGAAUCGCUAUUUAAGUUGUGUUCUUGCCUUGUAGCCCACCCAAUUAGUCG